AUGGCUUUCCAUAUCUCACUUAAAUCUGUCUCCAAAGGCGAUGUCGUUCUGAUCUUUUCUCCGAACUCCAUCCUUUUCCCUGUAGCCUUUCUCGCCGUUACCUCCAUUGGCGCCAUCGCCACCACCGCUAAUCCCCUAUACACCGUUAAGGAACUCUCCCACCAAAUCAGCGAUUCAAAACUUAAGCUGAUUAUCACGGUUGACCAACUGUUCUCUAAGGUCAACGGCUUCAAUCUGCCGAUAAUUAAUCUGGGAAACUUCUCAGAUUUGAUAGAGAAAUCGCGUAACCAUGCCGCUCUGUCUCCCUCCGUUUCUCAAUCUGAUGUCGUCGCGAUACUUUAUUCUUCCGGUAUAACCGGAUUGAGCAAAGGAGUGGUGUUGACUCACCGGAGCAUAAUUGCGACGGCGUUAAUGGUAACAUCCCAUCAAGAAUUCUACAAGGAAGGGUGA